AUGUCUUCCAAGCAGCCGGUCUCGACUGACAACGCCCCUAAGCCCCUACCGGGUAUUUACAGCCAGGCUAUAGUUGCUAAUGGCUUCGUCUACUGCUCUGGCCAGGUUCCGAUGGACCCCUCGACAGGGAAACUGGUUGAUGGUGAUAUCCAAGCCCAUACGCAUCAAUGCAUCAAAAAUCUAGCCGCAGUCCUCUCGGCCGCCGGCUCCAGUAUCGACAAGGCCGUCGAAGUCAACGUCUUCCUUUCCGACAUGGCCGACUUUGCCAAGAUGAACGAAAUCUACACUCAGUACUGGGGCGAAAUCAAGCCUGCGCGGACAUGCGUGGCGGUCAAGACGCUCCCCCUCAACACCGACGUCGAGAUCAAGUGCGUCGCUGUCUUGUGA